AUGAGCGAGCUAUUGCUACGUACAGAAGCCGUGACAGAGGUAAAGCUACACCCUGUGGUCGUACUUCAGGCUUUAGACAGUUCACUCCGUCGACCUGAGGGACAGGAUCGUGUUAUUGGCACAUUGCUAGGUCAUGUCGAGGGAAGUGUAGUGGAGAUUACGGGCUCUUUUGCUGUGCCACAUCUGGAGAAUGGCGACGAGGUGGCAGUCGGCCGCGACUAUCACACAAACAUGUACGAGUUGCAUCAGCGUGUGAAUGAAAAUGAAGUGGUCGUUGGAUGGUAUGCUGCUGGUUCAGGCAAAUUGGACGACCACUCGGCACUUAUUCACCAAUUCUAUAGCUCAGUUUGUGAGCUACCCGUGCAUGUGGUGCUGGACACGAGUUUGCAAAACGAUAAGCUCGAUGUUUCAGCCUACGUGUCUCCACCGCUUGAUAACAUGAACACAGCACUCGUUUUGCAGUUCAAACAAAUCCCAGUGGUUCAAAAGAUGUCUGAGCCUGAAGCCAUUGCUUUAAAUGCGAUGGCUCCAAAGGAAGCAGAAAACAAAGCUGUGGCACUACCUAACGAGUUGGAAGCAUUGGAAGCGACAAUGGAGAAACUGUACACAUGUAUUGACGGUGCCAGCUCGUUCGUAGCCGAUGUUGUAGCUGGAAAACAACCAGCAGAUGCCAAAAUUGGGCGUGAGAUUUCUGACGCCCUUGCUGCAAUUCCAAUGCUCCGCGAAGAACAAUUUGACCAGAUCUUUAACACAGGACUACAGGACCUGCUUAUGGUAUCUUACCUGUCUGGCCUCACUCAGGCACAGCUAUCGAUGGCUGAAAAGCUCAUCAAUACUUAA